CCCGCGGCCACGGCGACAUGGCGCACAACUUCUGGCAGUCGACGCACUAUUUGCACUGGAUGAAGAACCUCCGCCUGGAAGAUCUCAAGCAUAUCAACCCAAAGGACACAUCGUUGUCGCUGGCCGAAGUCGACAGCAUCCACCUCGCGAUGAUUUCACUGAUCGAGGAGCUUGGCGCACGAAUCCACGUCAACCAAAUCAUCAUUUGCACUGCGAUCGUCCUGUACAAGCGGUUCUACCUCACCCAAAGCUUUGUCGAUUUCGACCCACGUUUGGUCGUCGGGACCGCGAUGGUGCUGGCCACAAAGAUCGAAGAGUUUCCCGUGCGGUUGCCCGAGAUCACAACACCUCUCCACGAGCUCACAACAAAAAUCCCCGAAGACAAGGAAACCAUGUACGACUUUACUGAGAAGGACAUGAUCGAGUGCGAGUUUUACUUGAUCGAGGCGACGCAGUACGACCUCGUAAUCCACCACCCGUUCAGCACCCUCGUCAAGGUGUUUGAAGAGAUCGAAGAAGCAUGCCCGAUGCACGAGCACAGCUUCAAGACGGCGUGGUGCGUCCGCUCGCGGCGGCCACAACGGAUAUUCAUGCGAGAAUAGGGACCUGUGCUUGUUUGCGUACCGCACCCACAUCAUCCUCCUACGGCCGCCGUUCCUUGUCGCGAUCGCUGUCGUGUUCCUGGCGGUCAAAGAUGCAUGCUACGACACGGCGGAUUUCCUCGACAAGGUCAACAUCAAGGCCGACACCAUCCUCCAAGUCGUCGGCGAGCUCCAGGCAGCGUUUGUCGAGUUCCAAACACUCACACGCAUGCAGCCGCAAGCGCUCGCCAAGCUCGACGACAUCGUGCCAGACCCGACCAAGGAUUAAUCGAUGCCAUUCGUGAGUCGCAGCACACGAUGUACAGCACGCUCAUCG